AGGUCCCUUCCUCCAAAGACACAAAGGUGCUGAGCAGUGUCACCCGUGUCAAACUGUCCCAUGAAUAUUUCAGAGGGCUGAUGCUUCUUCUGAUGCCAACAGCAGCCGUAAAGCGCCUAUAAAGAGCGAGUGCUUUGACACAGGAACACAGGACACCUCCAAACCCUCUGCAGACUUCGCACUUUUCUCACCCACUGAAAAGAAGCACUCCCCCCGGUUGUGUGUCAGCACCAUGGUCAGCGCUCGGGCUCUUCUCCUCGCAGCCACCUGCUGCUGCACCUACCUGUGGCUCGCUCGUGCAGAAGACUCUUCACUGGAGACGCGCUCAUUGGAUUUUCCUUUGAAAACGCAACAGGAGAAAGACCUGAUUGACGCGUUGCAAGAAGUUUUGGAGAAGCUGAGGAGCAAAGAGAUGCCCUUAGAGAAAAAGCUUGGCUGGCUGCCUUCGUGUGACGCCGGGGAGCCGUGCGCCGUGCGUAAAGGCGCGCGUAUCGGCACGCUGUGCAGCUGUCCCCGGGGGACUUCAUGUAACUUUUAUGUUCUUAAAUGUUUAUGAAGUGGUAAAAAAUAACAAUGAAUGAAAGAAAACACAGGAGAGAGUUCAGGAGUUUGGAGUGACAAAAUCUGCUUUCAUUCUCCAAGGACAAAAAUAAAUGUAAUAUGUGAUAAAUAAUAAAGGACGCUUUUCUUUUAUAAACGUGGACUGGAAAAUGUUAGAAUAUAGGCUUUGAAUGAACUUGAAAGUCUGUGUGUGAUCUGUAUUUUUUUUCCGUCAGGGAAGUUAUUUGUGAGGAAUUGUUAAAGAUCUGGAAUGCAAGUUUGUCAUAAAUCAUUUUAACUUGUACUUUUUGUUUGUAUUUGUUCUGUUGUUGUUGUUGUUGCUGUUAUAUAGCGAAUUGUUGAAUAUAUAUCAUAGUAUCGGUUUCCAAACACAUUUGUAAGAUAAUGCCAAUAAAUCAACUAAAUCAUA